AUACAGAAAAUCUGAUUUGAUUUUGAUCAGUUUGGAUUUGAUAAAAGGUAUCGGCAUUUCUUUCCUGUAAUUACGUAUCGGGCGAUAGAAUUUUUCACUUUGCUACUGCAAUUUUUUUUUAUGAUGGAUUCAUCAGAGAAUACAUCAAUGGAGAAUAGUGGCAAUGGCGUAUUGCCAACACAAGCCAACGAUACUGAUACGAUAGAAGCAGUAGAUCAUGAUCCGAAACAGAAUCUAAUCCAGGUUAUUAAUUCCAUUCAAAGGACGCUUGCCUUCCUCCACCACCUUUAUCUGACCGUCUCCACCUUCAAUGCCGCCUCCCAGCUCCCUCUCCUCCGACGCCUCAAUGUUCUUGUUAUGGAGUUGGAUAAUUUGAUUAAAUUGUCUGACAAAUUGAACAUUCAAGUCCCUACAGAGGUCCUCAGCUACAUUGACGAUGGAAAGAAUCCAGAUGAUUUCACUCGAGAUGUUAUAAACAACUGCAUUUCCACAAAUCAAGCUACUAAAGGCCAAGCUGAUGCCUUCAAGAGUUUACGUAGUCAUCUUCUGGAGGAACUUGAGCAGGCUUUUCCAGAAGAAGUUGAACAUUAUAGGGAGAUCCGUGCAAUUUCUGCUGCUGAAUCAAAACAGCUUGCUGAAGCACAAAGUUCAUUACCGAAUGGGGAUGUAAAGGUUAACAGUGAACUUUAAAGGCCACUUUGUUUAUGAAUCAGGAUUAAAGAAGUCAACGAACUAUAGCACUUGGAAAAUGGACCGCAUGAUUGAAAUGAAGAAAAAAAGAGUGUUAACUGAUCCAUCCUACAAGCAAAGGAAUGGUAUGGAUGACAUUUUGUCCUUAAAAUUAUUCAAAAGAUUGGAUUUUUUUUUUUUUUUUUAAUUCUGUAUUUAUUAUUUUUAUUAAUGAUGAAAUAAGAGUGCAAUGGAAGGGAAGAA